AUGGGGGGUUCUACAGCAGUAUUGCUGGGGGCCCCUUCGUCGCUUUUAUUUAUCUUUAGGGGCCCCAAAGCCCUGCGCUGGCAGCAGCGCUACCCUCUGCGACAAACACAUUCAAGGGGGGCCCCCCUGGGGGCCCCCCUAAGUCUCAAUAGAAACAGCAGCAGCAGCAGCAGCUGCAGCAACAGCAGCACCAGUGUUGAGAGCUGGAACAAACGCUACAAUGGGGCACAUCAGAGGCCUCUCCCGAUUCGCUGCAGCAGCAGCAGAAGCUUCAGCAGCAGCAGCAGCAGCAGCAACAGCAGUCUUGUGGUGUAUGGGCACCUAAGGGACCGAUGGUUUGUUGCCUAUAAGCCACCGGGUUGGUCUGUGGGGCCCCACAGGGGGGCCCCCAGCCUUCAAGAGGCCUUAGAAGAUGCAUUGGGGCGCCAGCGUUUGUCUGCUGCUUGUGAAGCAGCAGCAGCAGCAGCAGCAGCAGCGCCUGCAGCAGCACCUGCAGCAGCAGCAGCAGCAUCGAUUGAGAGUUCUUCUCUUAAGGCAUUGUUCUUCCCUCUCUCUGAUAUACCGCUGCAAGCACAGGGCCUCGUGCUGGUCGCCACAGAUGAGGCAGCAAACAACUCCAUCCCUACCACACCCUUUGGGGGCCCCCCAGGGGGCCCCGAAGGGGGGCCCCCACGGGGGCCCCCAGGGGGGGGCCCCCUGAGCGGUCUUCCCUAUUUCACUCCGCCUCCAUUCGCAUGGCACUGCUGCUGGACCCAGCAGCAGCAGCAGCAGCAGCAGCGGCAGCAGCAACAGCAGCAGCAGCGGCAGCAACAGCAGGGGACAUUGUCUUUUAAUGAAUCAUCUGCGACUUGUUUGCUGUCGUUGGGGGCCCCCUGGGGGCCUCCUCAGCUGCGGAAAGAGGGUACAGGGGGCCUUCUUGCUGCUGGUGUUUUGUGCAGCCAGCUGUAUAGGGGGCCCCACCAGCUGAGAACGGGGGCCCCAGCAGCAGCAGCAGCAGCAGGACAGACAGCUAGUGACUUCGACGACAGUCGCGAGCAGCAGCAGCAGCAGCAGUUGCAGCAGCAGCAGCAGCAGCACUUGGGGGGCCCCACGAAGAGAGAUGCGCGGCAAUUUGCUGCUGGUGUCUCCGUACCUCCUUCGUUGCUCCCCUGGGUCGCUAAGCUCCAGUUUGCUGCUGCCGGAUGCCCCAUUGUUAACGACUGCAGCAGCAACAGCAGCAAUGGCAGCAGCAGCCAUAGUAGCAGCAGCAGCAGCAAUUGCGUCCCAGAGGACCCGUAUGGAUACCAAACACAGGCAGCUGCUGCUGCAGCAGAAGCACAGCUGCAGCAGCAGCAGCAGCAUCAGAAUGUGUUGUGCCGAGCAGCAGAAGAGGCAGCAGCAGCUGCUGCUGCUGCGUUUGAUGAGGGUCAUUUGUUCUCUUCUCUCUUUUCAAUUCGGCCAGCAGCAACAAAGCAGCAGCAGCAGCAACAGCAGCAGCAGCAACGGCAGCAGCAUCAGCAACAGCAGCAUCAGCAGCAGCAGCAGCAGCAAAGGGAGCAGCAGGAAACAGACCAAGGGACCUUGGCGUUCGAAGAUGCUGAAUCUGCUUCAGCAUCUGCUGCUUCUGCUGCUGCUCCUUCAACUGUACACAUCAUUAGCAGCAGCAGCAUCAGCAGCAGCAGCAGCAGCAGCAGCAGCGAAGGCGUAGGCCCCCCUUGCAGCACUUUGGGAAUGCAGCUUUGCUGCCUUUCCUUCCCCAACCCGCUGUCUCCUUCUUUAGGAGACAUUAUUACUGUCUCUGUUGAUGCACCCCCAGAGUGGAGUUAA